AUGUCUGAUGAGCUUUCUCGAAUUCACACUGGAAACGGUGUAGUCAAUAUCUUUGAAAUGUGCCUCAAUAACAACUUACUGAGAAAAACGACAAGAGUCGCGAUUGAGACGGAUGGCGAGAUGUUCUGUGAAAAUUGUCCUAUCGUGAAUCCGCCCGUCGGACUUUCUGCUUUCUCUCGUGACCUGGCUGGGCAAAUGUCUCGGCCGAGUGAGGUCGCGAUGUCCCGCCCCGAUCCCCCCGGCGAGAAAAUGUUCUCUGGUUUUUCGAUUCAAUGUUCAGGUGUUUCCCUCCGUCUUCACGCCGCGGAUGUGAUACCUAGUGCUCAGGGGUUGAUAGGCUCGGGAUCCGGAUUGUGGGUUUCCGCCCCGCGUUCCUCAGUAGUGUCCCUGGUAAAAUGUAUGCCUUUCUCUUCUCUCUUCAACCUCGAUCUACUCUUCGCCAUGAUUCCCAGCCUUAUCUUCUCUGCCCUCCGCAAUCUACCUUCCUGCCUGCGAUACUCCGUAAAGUCCCAGUCCAAAAGACCCGGACACGGAGGCAAGAAAGCAAAAUCAAGAAAAAACAAGAUCUGGUGA